AUGUCAACCCACAGCCCAAGCCUCCGGCAAGUUCUCUCCGAAACCUGGCGCGUGAUCGCCGCCCACCUACGCCAUUUCUUGGCCCUCUCAGCUCUCUUUCUCCUCCCCGUCUCGUUUUCCACCACACUUUACUACCUCCACUCCAUUUCCACUAUCUCCACCCCAUACACCCGACCCCAUCUCCUCAUCUACAUCCUUGCUUCACUCCUUUUCACCCUUUGUGCCAUUCCUUCAAUCACCACCACCACUUUUGCCGCGUUUUACCUUGUUUUCGUGUUUGGUGUUGUCGUGCUCGUGGCCUAUAUUGGGCUCCCCUUGAUAGGGCUCGAGAUUGACUAUGACAACCCCUACUUUCUCGUGUUUGUUGUGGUGGCUACCAUUGUUCUCGGUUUCGUGUUGGUCUACAUGCAGGUCGAGUGGUGCCUUUCGAGCGCGGUUGUGGUUUUGGAGUCAAAGUGGGGGUUUGAGCCGUUGAGAAGGAGCUCGCAUUUGGUAAAAGGGGCGAGAUGGCUAGCCCUUUCUAUGACGGUGUUGUUUGCAUCUAUUGGUGGGGUUCUCACGGUAUGGUACUCGAAUUUGGUGGCGAGUAAAGGUGUAGCUUGUGAAGGUUGGGUUUUCGUGCAGAUGGUUGUUUAUGUUGUUAUUUCAACCGUGUUAUCGCUUUACGGUUUGGUGGCAAACACGGUAUUGUUUGCUUACUGCAAGACAUCUCAAGAGUUGAAAGUUAUGAUUGACGAGGAGACGGGUGGGGAGUAUUUGUCGUUGCCUAAAGUUUGA